AUGGACUUCUCCAAGUACACCUCCAAUGUUCACGAAACUGAUGGUCUGCAGGACGCACAGCUGGCCAGGCGUGAAAAAAGUAGCUUGGACGGACAGUGGAUCCACAACCCACGCCUCCGGCAAUGUUUCAACAACAUUCAGCUCGGCGCCAAGAUGGGUGCCUCGGUCGGUGGCUGCUUCGGUCUCCUCACAGGGGCCUGGGUGGCGGUCACGCAGAGGAACCUCCUGGUGCUUCCGGUCUCUGUCAUCGGAGGUGCCGUCAGCUUCGGUUUCUUCCUGGGCUGCGGCAUGAUCAUCAGGUGUGAGGAGCAGAAAGGUGGCGCGAUGGUUCACUCCGAGCUGGUUUCCAUGGACGCCUCGAGCAGACCGAGACCAGUACUCGGAGCGCCCACCGCCAAGUUCGCGCCCUUGGUCCAGGCACUUCGCCACCGUGAUGAGUGA